GCCUCUUUGCGUAUUAAGGGCAAGGAUUUGAUCCUUCGACAUUAAUAUGUCUCAAAUAUUCAGCGUCGGUCAUUCUUCGGGGGAUCCCUCUAGCUCGACCAUGAUAAUCGUAUACAACUCCGAACAAUCGAUCCACCGUGUGAGACACAGUGUUUGUAGGGGACCUGGGCGUACAUACCUGGAAUACAGAUCUGUUAGCAAGGCGUAUAUCUCAGAUCACAAUCCUCGGCUUCGUGCUAUAUUGGCCGGUUCUUCCUCCUGUCUUUUAUGUUCUAUCUCUACAUCUUCGCUCCAAGUCUACAAAAGUCAGAUCUGAUAGCGCAUAAAAUGAAUCUCCCUUUCGUGCUCUUCACAGCCUUGUAUGCCAGUUGCGCUCUCGCCGCGGCUCUUCCCACCGAUCAUGUCGAUACCGACAAGGCGAUCCUGCUCCUCGGUGAUGGGACUACCAAAACCAUCGAGAAAACGGACCUCGCCUCUCACCUCAAUGGCACCUUUCUCGAGGCUCCCACCGACAACUCCCCGCGGUCCCUCAAAUCCGCCAACUUCAACGGCCUGCAGAAGCGGGGAGACCCCCAAAUAAUUAUCCCGCUUCCUGAUCAGGAGUUUCUAGGCUGGGACAUUCCCAUGUCCACCAUCGUCCACGCCAACCAAGCCGACGCCACCGUCGCCAUGGCAGCAGGCCAAAUGAUCGCCAACAGCAUCUCGGUCGGAACUUCCUUCACUGCAACCGUCGAGAAAUUCCUCCAAGUCGGCGUGACCACGAACUACCAGUACACAAAAACUAGCACCCUCACUGGCACCGUGACCAUGACCAUUCCCAAGAACAAAUGGGGAGCGAUAGUGAGCAAUCCUUUGACGCACCGCAAAAGAGGUUAUGUCUUCACUGGCUCGCCUGGCAGCGGACAGUUUGAGUACUACCAGGCGGAUUCAUUCACCGACGAGACUUAUGCCUAUAAUGACGCAACGCUGAACUGGGUGAAGGGCGUCGUGACGACUUGUCUGAGUGAUACUUAUCCAGUCAAGCGGUGUGUUGGAGAGGGUGAACUCAAAUAAGCUCUCUGUUAGUUUGCAGCGCUUCCUACGAGGUAGAGGUAGGUGACUUGUGAUGGAGACCGAUGGUAGCUAUCGAGUCUGGGCGAAAUGUUAGCUUCCUGAUAUGUGAUUGAAUGUUGAUUUCCCAAGCCUGUAAUGUUAGUCGUUAGUCUGAGUAACUUACUUUUACAUACGCUUUUGGAGCUGGAGAUAUGACCGAUAAGUCUGGAUUGACCGCCGAAGAAGGUCAUUUGUUGCUGCACAAGUUAAUAUAUUCCUGGUGAACCCGUCGUAUGGUUGUGAUAUCCAGGGCGUGCCACCAUUCUCACACCAGAUAUAGAUGGUUGUCUAAGAGCAACAACUCACGAAGAAGGGACAAAAAUUAUAAAUGGCCC